AUGGCGCACGUCGAAAGAGGCGAGAAUGCACAGAAUGUCGAGAAUGGUCACGAUGAGAAGACUCCUCCUGUGUCAUCAGCAGGACCAUACCAUGCCAUAAGCGAAGACAAGACGCGGGCCGCCGAAACGAGUAGCGAAGAGAACAGCGAGCUUGACAUCGAUCUUGAAGCCAGAGGCGAAGAGCAGGGCUACAUUUUGGAUGUAGACGUACUGAAGGAGCUUUCGCCGAGAUGGAACGACUAUCAACUCGCCGCGGAUGGACGGACAGUCCUCAUACCUCAGCCAUCACAGGAUCCCGACGAUCCGCUGAAUUGGUCAUGGACGAGAAAACAUAUCGUUCUUCUCGUAAUAGCUGCAACAUCCUUCCUGCCUGACUAUGGUAGCGCGACAGGAGCCGUCACGCUGAUACCGCAGGCCAAAGAAUGGAACAUGUCAGAAAACCACGUCAAUCACUCACAAUCCGGCAACGUCUUCAUGGUUGGCGCAGGCGGUGUCUUCGUCGUCAUGCUCUCCGCCUACUUCGGCCGUUUACCAAUCCUCUUCUACUUCACAGCCACAGCCCUCUGGACAGCAAUCGGCUGCGCAGAGGCCACAAAUUUCGACACAUUCAUGGCCUUCCGCAUUCUCAACGGCUUCUUUUCCACCGUAGCACAAGGCGGAGGCAUGAUGUUCAUCAAAGACAUGUUCUUCGUACACGAACGAGCCCGAAAGAUCAACAUCUGGGCCAGUUUCGUCAUCCUAUCACCCUACUUCGGCCCCAUGAUCGCCGCCUUCAUAAUCACAACCCAAAAAUGGCAAUGGCCCUUCCACAUCUACACCAUAAUGACAACCCUCUGCCUCCUCCUGAUCAUCCUCUUCGGCCAAGAAACCUACUACAACCGCAAACUCCCCCCUCACUCCCGGCCCCACCGCACCCCAGGUAUCCGCGGCCACGUCUCCCGCCUCCUCGGCCUCUCCCAAUUCCGCACCCGCCACCUCCGCAACACCUUCCCCCAAGCCUGCUCUCGCGCCUUCAUCGUCCUUCUCAAACCCACAAUCUUCCUCUCGGUAAUUUACUACCUCUUCACCUUCGCCUGGGUCGUAGGCAUCAACACAACCCUCAGUAUUUUCGUGACUCCCUUGUACAAUUUCGGACCCAAACAAAUCGGAUUCUUCUAUUUCACUCCGGUCGUAAGCGCCACGGUGGGAGAACUUUUCGGGCGAUAUCUCCACGAUUGCCUCGCGAAAUUCCUCACUUCGCGAUCGAAAUCUCAAACAUUGGUUCCUGAAUUUCGAUUGUCGGCCAUCUGGCUCUCGACACCCUUCAUGGUUUCCGGCAUUGUCAUCCUCGGUUUCGCGCUGGAAAACCAUUGGCACUAUAUGCUCGCCGCGUUGGGGUGGGGAUUUUAUGUGUUUGGGAUUAUGGUGACGACGGUCGCGUUGACGGCGUAUUGUUUGGAUUGUUAUCCGGAAGGGAGUGGAGAGGUGGCCGCGUGGAUAAAUUUUGCGAGGACGACGGGGGGGUUUAUUGUGAGUUAUUUUCAAGUUGAUUGGGCGAAUGCUAUGGGGACGAAGAAGAGUUUGGGGAUUCAAGCGGGCAUUUGUGGAGCGGCGUUUUUUGUGGUGUUGUUUUUGCAGGUGUUUGGGGAGAGGAUUAGGAGGGCGAGUGGGCCUUUGAGGUUUAGGACGGAUUGA